UUGCCACCACUGCUGGUCGCGCUCCCACCCUCGCCAGUCGCCACCAUGCCGCCGCGCGCCGUGCUCGUGUGCGCGCUGCUCGCGUGUCUGCUCGCGUGCGCGCGCGCCGACGCCGCGAUCAGCGCCAGCGAUCUCACCGCUGAGGAGUACUACUCCAUGCCUCAGCUAUUCCACCUGGACGAGUACGAGAGCUGCGUGGCGACGCGCGGCGUGUACUGCCUCGGCAGCUUCGAGCUGUCGCCCGACGGAGAGUCCAGGGUGUUCCGGCUGAUGCAGGAGUACUCCUCAAACUGGGUGGAUAACUUCAAUCACACGCGGCUCCAUCGGGGACUAUGCGUGUCUCGACGAUGUAGCGACUCGAACACGGCUCUACAGGUUCCAGAACCUUCCAUGGACUCGUGGUUCGCGUCGUGCGUGAAUGCGAGCACCAUGUCAUCGCACAACCUGUCAGCGCGUCUGUACCAGCUGGACUACUGCCAACGAGGGCAGGAGAGUGCACGGCCUCUAGACGCUGCCGAUAGAGCCUUCCCAGUAGUAUUAGCAGCCUUGGCGGCACUUGCUGGUGUCUCUACUGCUUUGGAGUUGCUACUGUCACCACAGACUAAGAAAGAAUACCAAUGGGCGCUAUGCUGGUCCCUCCCGGGCUGCUGGCGCGCGCUGCGGGCGCCGCCGCCGGCCGUGUCCGCCGCCGGCGACCUGCGGGUCUUCGACGGAGUCCGGGUGUUCUGCAUGAUGUGUGUCAUCAUUGAACACGUGUGCUGGCUGAGCACCAUCUCUUAUCUUACUGAUAUACGGUAUUUUGAGACGAUCCGGCGGUCCGGCGACGCGAUACUGCUGGGCAACUCGACGCUGGUGGUGCAGGUGUUCUUCCUGAUGGCCAGCUUCCUGCUGGCGCACAAGAUCCUGCUCCAGACCUCCAAGGGGUCCAUGCCGCCGUGGCGGUCAUUCUUCUCCACCAUGAUCAAUCGGAUCAUCAGAAUCAGCCCGUCAUACUACAUGGUGGUGUGGUUCGCGGCGAGCUGGUGGGCGCGGCUGGGCGCCGGGCCACAGUGGGCGCCGCGCGUGGCCGCGGAGGCCGCCGUGUGCCGCGCCAAGUGGUGGGUGCACCUGCUCUACCUCAACAACGUGCUGGACGCCGACAACAAGUGCUUAGUGCAGACCUGGUACCUGGCAGCAGAUAUGCAGCUGUACGCCGUCGCCUUGCUGCUGACGCUCGCGCUGGCGCGCUGGCGGCGCGGCGCGCUGCCGACGCUGAUGGCGCUGCUGCUCAUCUCCGUCGGCGGCCUCUUCGCCGUCUCCUACUGGCUGAAGCUCGUCUCCACGUUCGUCAUGCAUAACCCGGAAGUGGUCCGUGUGAAGUACUACGGAGACCUGUCCUUCAACAUCCUGUACCAGUCUCCGCUGGGCAACGCACCGGGCACGCUGGCAGGCUUGCUGCUAGCGUACGUCCAUCACGAGAUGCUGGAACGGAACAAGCAGCCGCAGCAGUAUCGGUGGUUCCGCUGGGUGACGAGCGCGGGCGCGCCGCUGGCGAUGUGGUGGGCGGCGUGGUCGCCGCUGCUGCUCGGCGCCGGCGCGCCCGAGCGCGCGCCCGCCGCCGCGCUGGCCGCGCUCGAGCGCCCCGUCUUCAGCCUCUUCGUGGGCCUGGCCUUACUCGGGGCCAUGCACGGGGUGCAACCGAUCUGGGUGCGAUUCUUCGCGUGGCGGGGCUGGGGUCCGGCGGCGCGGCUCAGUUUCGGCGCACUGCUGCUGCACAUGCCGAUCAACACGGCGCUCAUCGCCGCGCGGCGCGCGCCCACUGAAUUCAACCGGCUGUCUAUAAUAGUGGAGUGGUUCGGUGUAGCCGGGGCGGCGUACCUGGCAGCGCUGCCGCUGGCGCUGCUGGUGGAGCUGCCGGCGCAGCGCCUGCAGCGCGCCCUGGAGCAGCUGUGCCGCGCGCCGCCGCCCGAGCCCCGGCCCCAGCCCGUCGAGAAGACCAACCUGUGAUCACUUGCUGCCGAGCGAGAUAUCAUAUCACUAUGUUAUAGUACAUGUUACCUGAUUUUAUUUUGAAGAAUGCUGACAUAUUGUAGCAUAUUAGGACGAACGCAUUUUGUGUUUAUGGCGGUCGGUAUCAGCGCCGAGCGUGCGUUUCGUGGUUCGUUGCAGAGGCGAGGCGUGACAUAUACCUACUAACGUGAGCUUGAUAUGCUCGUUUUGCAAGCGCUGUUAAUUAAGAAGGCGCGACAUAUCAUCGUGGAUGCGGACCCCGAACUCCGUGGUUAUAUAUUAUAAAAGUAGGGUACAGACCGUCUACGAUAACUCUGCACGGACUUAGUGGCGACAAUGCCACUAGCGCCACAUAUAUUUUAUAGGAAUUGUACAUUCAUGAUGGCCUUGAUGGCACACUCUGUUUCUUGCCAAGUCGGUUAUUAACUUGAUCUGACUCUAGCUUCUAGGUGUCUUCUAUUGAUUUACAUCUUUUUAGUGUUCCGUACAAAACUUUGUUUACGGAACACUUAUUUUAAUUAAGGAACAAGCUUCAAUGAUGCACACAAAAUGAAAAUCUGUGGAUGAAUUCUUGAACGCAGAGUUACGAGAUGGGGCGAAAGUGUAAAUAUUUCUUACUGUCUAGUCUAAUCGGUAAUGUUACAUUGGGGAACCGCAUGUGGUAUUAUGGGUUUCAAAUUAUGAGGUGAAUCUCAAAAAGUGGUUUGACCAGAUUUACUGACUAAAAUUAAAUAUUAUUUUAUUACAUUGAGAAAACGGCCAGCGAUCCACUUACAUGUUGGGGUGUGGGCGAGCCAAUAUUACGUAACGUAAUAAGGAUUAAUAAUAAUGUAAGCAAAGUGCUCUCUGGAAAGGUUUUAGCACUGUUUGUGAUAAUUUUGGUUACCUAGAUGAAAUGUGGCUGCUGACGGUACGUGUUUAAGCUCUGGUUUUUUUUAAUAUAUAUUCUAGAUAUUAAAAUAAGGCCCCCAGGUAUGACUUUUAUUUGUGUGAGGUUUUAAUUUUAUAGAUACUUUUGUGGAAAUCUAGACCAUUUACCUAACAUGGGGUCCUUCUACACCAAAUUGCCAGACUAAAUUUCAUAUUUACAAUAAGCUGGUAAAAAUUGUGAAUAGUAAUAAGUCACUGUUCAAAGCAAAAUAAGCCUUAAUACAUAGGAAAUACGUCGUAGAUUUAUAUGGUGAGGUUUGGAGACUAAAUAGACUAAACUUUGCUCAAUGUUAACUAAUACUAAGUGGUGUAAAUAAAUGAAACUAAGUAAAAUAGUA